AUGAACUCCCAGUGCGAUGCUAAGGCCAAAACGGCUAAUGUGAUCCUGGAAUACAUAGACAGAGCGGAGAUUCUGCAGGAGCUGGAGGUGCUCACCAUAGACUCCACGGUCUGCAACGGUUGCUACCGGGAAGGAUUACAAAAGCCUGAGGGUGACAACCCCAUUAAAGAUGACAUGAUGUGUUCCGGGUCCAUGGAAGGCUAUAAAGGGACUGCCUGGGGUGACUCUGGGGGACCCCUGGUGUGUGAAAAGGAUGGGACCUGGUACCUUGCUGGGACUGUGAGCUGGUUACUGGUGAGAGAAGUGAAUGGGGUACUUACUAUUUCUCCCGGUUACCCUGCGGUCUACAACCGCCCGAAUGCCCACAACGAUUGGAUCCAGAAGAAUGUGCCUGGUGUGACUUUCAGAGUGGUGAACUUCACUCUGAACAGUGCCAGUCCCCCUACCACCAUCACUCCGAGCAGUGUCCGUCCAUCUACCACCAUCACUUGGAAUAGUGCUGGUCCCUCUGCCACAAUCCCCAGGCUCCUUCUCCUUGCUGUGCUUGUGCGGCUGACUCUCUGACCCCUCUCCUUGAGUGGGACCCCAUCCCACACCAGACCUUCCUCGCCCGCCACGCACAUUGACCAUGUCACUUGUGUGAUCAGUUAUAGUUUUCUAAACCUGAAUUUUAUAAUCAAAUUUAAGUUAGAUUUAAUAUGAUCACUGUUUUGUUUGUUU